CAGCUGCAGUCGUUGCCCCCUCCUCUCUCCAUCCCUCUCUCCUCAUCCCUCCCUCAGUCCGCUGCUGCUUCGUCUCUCCAUCCCCCGGCACACAGCAAACCUGCAGCCGGCAUGGCCUCCGUCAGCUUCAAACCCCACCGCCUGGAGCUGCUGGCUGUCUAUCAGGAUGUCAUCCAGGAGCAGAGCCCCACAGACUGGGCAUUGUACACAUACGAAGAUGGCACAGACAACCUCAUGCUGGCAGCAUCAGGGGGUGGUGGCUUGCAUGGCCUUGCAAGCCAUUUUGAGAUCCAGAAAGUGAUGUAUGGCUUCUGCAGUGUGAAGGAGCCCCAUGCAAUGCUAGCUCGAUAUGUGCUCAUCAACUGGGUUGGUGAAGAUGUACCUGAUGCCAGGAAGUGUGCAUGUGCCAGUCAUGUAGCACAGGUGGCAGAUUUUUUCCAGGGUGUGGAUGUCAUAGUGAAUGCCAGCAGUGUGGAGGACAUAGAUCCUAUGGCCAUCAGUCAGCGCCUAUCCAAUGGCUCUGGACGACUUGCUAGUCCUGUCCUACAGCGGCUGCAGGUCCGAGAAGAGGGAAGUGGUGAUCCUGUGGGAACCAAUUACCAGAAAACAAAUGCAGCUGUGGAAAUGAAACGGCUCAAUAGGGAACAGUUCUGGGAGCAAGCAAAAAGAGAGGAGGAGGAGAGGAAGCAGGAAGAGAGGCAAAAGGCUCUUGAAGAGAGGCUACGCUUUGAGCAGGAACGCAUGGAGCAGGAGCGGAAAGAACAAGAAGAACGCGAGAAACGUUACCAAGAAAGAGAGCAGCAGAUAGAGGAACACAGUGGUUGUGUUGUCUGGUUCACUGACAGAAGGAAGCUACAAGAUGAGGAGGAAGAGGAGACAAAAAAAAGAUUACAGAGCAACUCUAUAUUUAAUUGUCUGUUUAUACCCUGCCAGAUGGAUCAGAGGGACGAGGAGGAGGGGGCAGAGCAGAAGAGGACAGAAAGUGAAGUGGAGGAAGCUGCAGCCAUUAUUGCGCAGCGCACAGAAAAUCCACGGGAAUUUUUCAAGCAGCAAGAGAGAGCCACAUCAGAUGGCAGUGUUUUGUUGUUAACCCCUAGGACGGCAGUGAGAAGUUCCUCAGAAGCAGGACCACCUCAUUCUCCGGAAAAAGAACGUCGUAGUAGCUUAGGUGAAGAGUGGAACAAAGCCCUGAGUUCAGCGGAACCUGUUCAGGAUGGAGCAUGGCAGCCACAGGGGCUCACAGAAGAUGUGUUUAUGGAGACACGAGAUGAGGAUGUGGGAUUCCCGGCUGCUCCUCAGUUGACAGGGAGUGAGGAGGAAGCGGUAAUGGAGCUGGGAGAGGUUGACUUAAUGUCAAGUGAUCAUCCACCUCCAAAACAAGAAUCCUCUAAUCUGCUGGAUCUGUGGCAGAAUGAUGAACCCCAGGAGUCUACCUGGACAGAUGGCAAUUUGAUGACUACUCAUGAGACCAUCCACACAGAGCAGAAGGUUGUUGGGGAAACAGAGGUAUGUCCCCCUGUCCCUGAUGAUAAUCUGCUGAACUUUGAGGAGCUACCACAACCGCCCCCUACGUUCUGUGACAUGGAGGCAGAGGAGGAUCCCCAGAGUAUCAUUCACAUUGAAGGUCCUCAUCAGAUGACUCUAAGCUAUCAGCAUGCACUGCAGGAAGCCUCUUGCCACCAGCCAGAACUCACAGACUCUCUGACGAAUGGGGAGACGUCACAAAGAGAAGGAACUCAGGCAAGUGAAGGGUAUUUCAGCCAGUCACAAGAUGAAGACUUUGCUCAGCCCGAUGACAUGUCUGCAAAAGCUCCACCGCCAGUGUUUUACAACAAGCCACCAGAGAUUGACAUUACAUGUUGGGACUCUGACCCAGUGAUGGAAGAAGAAGAUGAUGACGAAGAGGGAAGAGGCUUUGGUGAAAAUGCUUAAUAAACCUGGUCUCCCAUUUACAUGUGCCGAAAAGACGUGACAAAGAAAAAAAACAUGUGACACAGCCGUGUGACAGAAGUAUUGUAGUAAUGGCUGAGGCUUCUGCCCCCACUGGAGCCAUGCUCUAGUAAGACCCUGUCUGCUCCCCUCCCCCCACACUUUACCACCAUGUGAGUUUUUGGGGGUGGGAGGCAGACGGUCCCUUACUGUCCCCACCUUUUAGUUAUUCUUUUCUAUAUAUACUAAUGCGCCAGUCGUAGCCUUAGUGGCUUUUCUUUUACUUUGUUUGACAGGAUUACGGAGAUUGCUAUUACUCCCCCUAGGUUAACCAGAACUGGUGCAUCAGAGCCAGGAGCAGCGGCCUGUCACCUGGUUCAGUCAUUGUUAUUAGCUGGAAUAACAAUUUAUCAUAUUUUUAUUUUCUUUUUCUUUGACCAGCCUGUUCCUGACUGCCUUUUGCAUUCGGAUUGAAGGAUGCAGAGAGGAUUUCUUGUUGUAGUUUUAUCUUUGUAACUUGUCCAUGCAGCUUUUUUUGAGAAAACAAAAUAGAAACUUAUGGCAAUAAUUAACCCUAACUACACCUGCACAACCCCACAGGGCAGGGGGGUGGGGGCAUAUUUUCCGCUGUAGCACUCUCCUCCCUUCCAUAUUAUGAAUUUGCUCUUUGCUCCUAUUUAUUCCCUGGAUGCGGGGGUGCCAUGCCUUGUUCUUGGAUCGUUGGCUCCUGCGGGUAGGUCGGUGGAGGAGGGAUGUUGUGCACACAGAUAAUCUUUUUGCCCCUUCUGUUGUCCACUUCUUUGACUCCUCAUUUCAUUACCUACAGCAAAGCUUUUUUUCUUCAUGUUUAGUACCGUUCUGAAAGCACAACACUGUACAGACUGUGCUCGUGUGUUAAUAAAGGAGUCUGGAUCCAACCAUAUAA